AUGCCAUGGAACGAACACUGUCAUAGGAGGUACGAACGACCGAUUCAGACCACGGAGAACCCAAUUCGUGCCUUCAAUCCAGCCUGGCAUCCGCUCUACAACGGACAGUAUUCUGAUAUCGUUGGAGCAUGUCCGGGCUGUGGUGCCAACAGAAUAAAGGUUCCAAGCCGAACGGCGGUAGUUGCUCUAGAUGGCGAGAGGAUAGAUUGCGGAGGCAUUGUCAUUGCCGUCGAUGGUGCUUGCAGGAAUAAUGGUCAACCUGAUGCACGAGCCGCGUAUGGUGUUUUCCACGGCGAGGGCUCCGAUGAAAAUUUCUCCCGCAUUGUGCCUUCAAAUCAUCCGCCUACGAAUCAAGUCGCCGAAAUUUUUGCAGCAAUCGCUGCUCUUAAGAAACUCCAGCUUGCUCUCAGGCCGUGGGAUCCAGAUGGUCGCGUAGCCUGCAAGGUGCUCAUCCGGUCGGACUCCUCCUACCUUGUGCAGGGUAUCUCUGAGCAUAUCUGGAAGUGGAAAAAGAACGGAUACAGGACUGCGAAGAAGCAGACGGUUGAAAACUGGAAGCUGUUCCAACGCUUGGACGAGCUGAUGAUGGAUUUCGAGAUGAAUCACAUUCCUGUGUGGUUUUGGCAUGUCCGGAGAGAAUUCAACACCGAAGCUGAUGCAUUAGCCAACUCGAGAAUGCUUGGUGAGGAGCCUCCUGUCGGCUUGAGAUCAUCUCGUCUGAGGUUUCAACGAAAGACUCGGAUCGACGAUCUGUGA